CACCCGUUCCCGCUUUCAAUGCCUGCCGCCCUUUGUGUAAUAUUCUUGCACAACUUGCCACUGAUCCCGGUAACUGACUCUUUGGAGACCAGGCAUUCCCUUAGGUGGAGUUGACCAAAUCGAUAGAACGCUCGCUCGGUCUGGUCCGGUGCGUAAAUGCUCAGACAAUUUUUAUGCCACCUCUGCUUUUAAUUGCGUCUAUCCCCUCCUCCACUUGCCGUCGCCCUUCUCUGUUCGUGCUGGUCUCCGUAGGUGAUCUAUUAGAUCCUUCCAACGCCGUCACCACCGCCCCCUUUCCCUCUUAUCAUCACUUACCCGCGUUCGUCUCUAUUCCGCCUCUACCAUAUUCUUUUGGGCUUUUUUCCCACCCUCCCCCGAGGCAAAGGUCAGAAACGGUACACUCGUAUCGGGCCAUUUCAACGACCCUUCACCGCAGCGAGGUGCCCCAAGACCGGAAUCAUAUAAUCAAUCAGCCCAAGAAGAACGACGACAGGUUCGGAUCGAUUCGCACGGCAUGGCAGCUUCAAACUCGUCGUAACAAAAUUCCUCUCUUGGCUGGCCGUUUUCUGAACCCCUGCCACCCGCAAUCAUCCUCCAAGUUGCCCGAAUCGCUUUGCGUUCCGCUUAUUGCGCUUUUCGCAACAAUCUGGGCGAGGUAGUAGGGCGGUAUCAAAUCCAAGUCCCCGUUUCACAAUGGGCAACACACACUCGACCGAGUCACUGCAAAACCAACGGGAUUAUGGCGAAAGCAACGGCAAGAGAUCGCCUCACAAGCUAUCGAAACCGAGGGUUGGCAACCAUGCAUCUCCGACCCCCUCGACACAGGCGCCGCGCCUCUUGAGCUCCCACAGCCGCACUGCGUCUUCCAGUCUCCCACCCUCCAGAUCGAACUCACAGUUCGCGCCUCAGGUGCUAUCGUGCGCGCCUUCGCCGGUCCGGGCGUCCAGCGCAUCGCAACUGAGCACACUUGUCCCAGCUCUGGGUGACCCUCUAGCGGAGCCAGAAACCAGACCAACAAAGAACUGGAAGCGGAGGGCGAGUUUGUUUCGGUCCAAGAGCUCUCACGGUCCUAGGAAAGAUAGGCGCAGAGACACUCUGAUGUUGGGUCCACCUGUCCCAGACAGAAUGUCGAGGGCCAACUCCAUGACUUGGGAAACCCAGCGAGAGAUGAACACUUCGAGGCAAGUGCAGGUGGAAAGUUGGCAUGUUCCCGGGAACCGACAGUCCAUCAACUACAACCUGAUGUCGUACGAAUCGAGGAGGUUGUUGAACCUGACCGAGGACCUCGCAGCCUGCGAAGAAAGCUCUAUCGUGUCCGACAACACGUUCGAGGUGUCGCCCAACACUUGGAAGAGUUCUCAUCCGCACCAACCAGCAGUUGCCCAGCUCCCUCGGGCCAAUUCCGAGGUGUCGCUGUACGCGCCGGUGCGUCGCCGGUCAGUGAUUCAGACGCCGGGUCUUGCAACACGCUUGCCGACGGAAUCUCCAACUUCAAGGAGGUCAAGCUUGCGUUACAGUGGACCGACUACGCCAGCGGGCGGGCGUUCGCGACUAAACUCCAUCGAGUCGAGUGCUCAUUGCAUCCAACCUUUGACCGAGGUUGCCCCCGACGACGAUUAUCUGCCCCCGCCAACGACGGAGCCAGUUGAAAGAGCAUUGACUCCGUCGGACAUGGAUUACCGGCCGCUUGGCUUCAUGAAGUUCGGUUCAUUACGGAUUACGAAUGGAGCCGCUAGUCCCCUACCAAGCCCCGAUUUCGAACCGCAAUCCAAGGCCGAAGUGACGAAGUCUCGGAAUGGGAACGAAGAGCACUACUCGAUUCAGGAUACUGACUCGGGCAACUUGGAGUCUGACAGUAAAACCGUCGAAACCACGGCGUCGACAAUGCAUACCAGCACUGCUCUCAGUCCCAUCAACACGGCUAUCCUCGCGGUAGAAUCGCGGAGGCUACGUCCUAACUCGCCGCUGGGUCCAGAGUCACAACCCACAUCCAAGCACACGGCUCUGGAAGACGAGCAUUUCGCAGACGACGUGCAAUUGGAAUAUUCGGCCGAGGUUUUGACUGUCAGAAAUGACCCAAAUGCCAAACCCAGUCUCGAGCGACUGCGCGCGGAGCAGUCUCAAAAGAACUCCCUGGCAAUUUCCCGCACUGAUAGCGGGGUUGUUGCUAGCCCAACUGCUGAGCAGCCGAAGUCGCUCUCCAAGGCUGAUUCCGGCUACAGCUCGAAUAUCUCGCUUAGGUCAUUCCAUGGCAAGCAGCCUGCUGCAGGCAACGAUCAUCGUCGAUGUGCUGCAUUGGAAGAUUCGGAGGAUGAGCAGUCGGACUCCAUUGUAUCCCCGAUAGCGGCCGUCAAUAACGGAAGCCCAAACAUCGACCCUAUUAAUCAGGCUGACAACCUCGCUGCCGCUCCUUCUCAACUUGCGUCCUCGACUCUGCCGCCUCUGCCACCCAAAGAUGAGAUUCUUGCUUCCCCGAAAAGCACCAAAAUGACCGUUACGUCGCCUAAGUUCUUUUUCAACCUAAACACCGCCGGUCAUUCUUUCCGUAAAGACCGGAAGGUCCCGACCGUGAUCGACAGUGCCAGCCCUGCCGAGGAUGGGCCCACAUCUUCAGGGUAUGUCAGGUCGGGUGGCGCUAGCUCCGACAAAUCGGCCUCGGCUCUGAGUAUCGGCACCGGCUCCCAACGCGCCGGCAAGUUUCAAAGACUCAUGAGCGGGUACGGCAUGCGAGGGCCGCCUGCUGUCCACGCAACGCAUCCUUCUGACAAACCGGUUCCGUCUGUACCUGGGGAUGUGCAGGCGAGACUCGACGAGCAUUCUGAGCGGUUUCCGACAACCAGCAAACGACUUACUCUCCGCACUCAAGCCAGCAAGGACACGCUCAACACUAUCUUCAGUGUCGGCAGCAAUUUCUUCGGCGUGGUCCCCGGCCACGCCGAAGCCGAGCAAGGGCCUCUGCUUUUGGUCGAUGCCGGCCAGGUGGCUAGAAAGCCCGCUGAACUUUCCGAAAAGCCCAGGAUACCGAGACGCCGCUCUUUUCAGUCAAUCCCUGCAUCCAUCGCACACGCUGCGUCUUCGGUAAUGCCUCGACGUUCCAUCCACCGCAAACCGCUCCCCCCCGCUUCCACGGACAGGACGGGGUUUGGAGAAGAGCCAAGAACCGAUGAGAUCCAAGUCGGGUUCGAGUCAAGCAUCACCGCCAUCGACAAUGUUGGUGAGAGCGUCGGUAAAAGCGCUUUUGAUCAGGCCUUCAUGGCCCUGGACCAUCAUAAGGCUGUUCAUGCCCCGCGAGAACGAACCCUGACAAUGACAGCGCAAAUGGAGCGCAGUAUGGUCAUGCCAUUCCAUCCGAUCGAGUCGAUGACUCCAACCUCACAGCACCCCGAUCCUCGUGCCUCUCAAAAUCUGCAGGUUCCGGACCUGGCGGCCAAGAGGAAGACUUCGCCGCCGAUCAGCCUCCACACCCGAAACCCUAUGAACGCCCGAAAGCAGGCCCCCCGCCCCAAGUCGGCGCAUUCCAGCGAAACAAACCAGUCGAGAAGGCAGACGUUGUCACGACAAAACAGUCGCGAGACCAUCCACAGCUACCCUUCGACCUCAGCAGCAGCGGCGCUGGACGACGCACUGUUUGUACCGCCCAUUCCUCUAAUGAGCCCCCGAAGAGGUAUGCCGGUCACGGAGCAGCCAUACGCCAUGUGUCACAUGACGGUCGAGGACAGAUGGCGUCCCACCAACGGUUGUGGCCCUGAGACUGGCCAAGAUACUCGCCCGGCCAUGCGUAGUUUAUCUACGUCGGUCGGGUAUCAUCAGCAGCAUCAGCUUCGCCAUCGAUCAAGUUACGAAAGCUACACUCGGUCCGGCGGACCUGUGGCACGAGGCCCUCCCGCCCUCAACUUGAGUCCCAGCCAGAGCGGAAGCUACUACCAGCAACAACUCAUUUAUGUUCAGCAACAACAAUGGGAGCAGCAGGGAUACUACUCUCCUGACGCCAUUCAACCAGGUCUCUCCCGGAGCCGCAGUCGUAGCCGGAGCGUCCACGCCAACGACAAUCCACCCUACCGCGUUCUGCAUAGCUACAACUCACCUGCCUACCGCAACGUCCCAAUCUGGGGCUGAUGUGGUUUGCAGCACACCCAUAGACAUGACAGUCCCAUUUCUGGCCAUGACCGACUCCAUCACGCCCCCCCUCACCCGGGGCAAUUGAAACGAUCAGCGAUCUACCUAUCCAGCGCUAGCCAGCAACUUUUCUGUUCGCAUUUUUCCUUUUGUACAAUUAUUCCGACAUACACAUUUGACAUCAGACGAGGAUUGCGACUUGGGCCGACGAAGGCAGUAUCUUUUUCUUUACACGUACGGCAUACACGCAACGCAAAUUUUGGAUAUACCCCACGAGAGGAAACGGGGCGUAGCGAAAAUACGGAUAGCCCGGCCAAUGACAUUUUCAAUACCCACCAUCAAGCCAGGAAAAAAGAGGUGAUGGGACGGCAUCACAGUACACGACAUGAGUUUUUGUUUUCGGAUUUUUGGAACCGGGUUGUUUGGGAGUUUUGGAGGGGAUACCCUUGAGAUUGUUCACAAGUGGUCUUUUGGAUGUUUCUGCCACGGCUGCGAUUUGAUACGCACAUGGCUAGGCGGAGGAAGAUGCAGGACAUAGGAAUCACCAGGCUGAAAGCCACUUGGAUCUGGUCACGGGUUUCUUUGGAAGCUUCGAUAUGACAGUUGUUUAGGCGAAUGCGAAAACGUUCGCUAUACUUGGACUCUUCUUGCGAUGUGGGCUUCUAGGCAACUGAUGUGACGACCGUGACGUGGCAGCUUGAAACUGCACAGGGUUUGAUGCGGCCCCUUGUCUGUCCACUUCG